AAUAAUUUCUACAAUUAAUUAAAAAUGGGUGGAGAAGAAGAAAAUAACUUUAAACUGAGGCCUAUGAAGUGUGAACUUAAUUAUCUUAGUAAAUCAGACGGUUCCGCUAUUUUAGCUCAAGGCGAGACAGUAGUACUGGUUAGUGUAAACGGUCCUUUGGACAUCAAAUCGACCAGCCAGAGUAUUGAAAAAGCAACCCUUGAAGUGUUGUUCUGCAGUAAAGGUGGAAAGCCCUCAGUAGCAGAUAGGUUUAAAGAGAAUGUGAUAAGGCAGACAUGUGAAACAGCAAUACUUGGUACCAUGUACCCACGGACUGGGAUCUCUCUGACUAUACAGGAACUUGAGGACUUUGGUGGGUUGCUAACUUGCGCAGUCAAUUGUGCGUGCCUAGCUCUCCUCAACUCCGGAAUGGCAAUGAGGCAUAUGGUCGCAGCAGUCAGCUGCGCUGUAGACGAUGUCGGUAAUUUAGUACUCGAGCCGAAUUAUCAACAAGUGCAGAACUCGAAAGCACUAUUGAACUUCGUCUUUGAAAGCCGGGAGAAGAAUCUUGUCACUGGCUUCACGGAGGGUAGUUUCAGCGAAGACACGUAUGAAGAAGCACUCGCCAGAUGUCGCCUCGCCAGCGACGUCGUCUUCGACUUCUACAGAGACAUUGUUAGAAAAUAUUCUAAUGUUAUAUGACAGUAAACUAUUGUUUUUUUUUUUGUUAAAUUUCAAUAUUUAAAUAAGUUUCUUUAUAAAGUUACGUUUCUUUAAGACAUACUUAAAACCAAGAAAUAAUAAAGUCUAUUUCCACAGUUCCUCCCACAAAAGUAUGUAAAAUUAAAUGCAUUUUUUAUGAGAAUGGGGACAAACAAGCAGACAUAUCCAUGUGAUGUUAAAUAGCAGAGCAGUUGCUCCAGAGUGUUGCCAGUUUUUGAGGAAGUAUUUGUAGCAGUGUAUUAUUUAAAUUACACUAAAUUGAAAAUAUUUUUUAGGAUUUAUAUUCUGUGUCAGUAUAGCUUUGAAAGGCAUUUUAUUUGUUCCAAUUCUCAAGUACAAGCACUGGUAAAAUUUGUUUAAGUUAAAUAAAAUGUCUUUAGUAUGUUAACUAUUGUAAUUUAAUUUUAAGAAAAGAGUUAUGUAUAUGAAUUGUCAAUUAUUACCCGGUAUGUCGAUAUAUUUCUAUGAAGUAACUAAAUAAAAUUAAUUAUAAUAAUCAAAAUAAA